CCCGUCGGUGCGUGCCGCCCGGCUGGCUGCGAACUUUUCGGUGCGACCCCCUCCCUGGGCGGCGGCGGCUGCUGCUGCUGGGCCGCCUGGUUCGGAUCGGGCGGUGGGAUCUCUUCCCAGUCCAGCAGCGGGGCUCGGUCCGACUGCUUCACCAUGGUGCUGCUGCCUCUGAGGACUCGGGAAGGGAGAGAAAAAUAUAACAAAAACUUGUCCGUCCGGUUGAAUCGAGUAGACUACGCAAGAUGCUGGAGCCGGAUCAUCAUUUGCUGCUGCUCGCUGGGUUGUUUUCUGUGUAUUUGUAAGCGUGUCACAUCCACUGACGGGCUGUUUUUCCUCCGCCUGUCUCACUGUUUUGAUGACGUCACUGACUUCCGCCCACGUGUCUUUAUUACUAUUUCAUACAGUGACCUAAUUUGGGUUAUGGGCUGUAUAUUUUUGCCCAUAAUACAUUGCAAAUUCACAUUCUUAUGGACAUUCUGCCGUAGUGUGCCUGCUUUAUUCAAGUCUAUGACAUAAUCCUUCACAAUACUUUAAUUUGAUCUAGUUUAGUUUGAUCUAGAAUGUGAAUUUUAAGUUGUUAUUACAUUAUCCAUAUGCAUCCAUAUGCUUCGUGUAGUUAGAUUUCCAUAUAGUUUUAUGAUAACGCCGUGUUAAAUCGUCUACGCAAUUAACAGCCAUUUUAUAGUCAGGUGUGUGGUUUAUGAACAAUUCAGCCAAUCAGAGCGCUAGAUUGUGUCAACCUGGCGGCGUAGUUUACUUAAACAGGAAGUAAUUUACAUACAAGGCGCGAAAUUCAAGCGUGGUGAUGGUGGUCGUGAGGGGAUGUGACUUGUUGGCCCCAAGCAUGGCGACAUUGUCUGACGAGAUCAGCCAGCAGCUGGACUUCACUAGCUGUGGAGAGGAGGGGAGUAGCAGUGACAACAGCUCCGAUGACUGCGCCUUCAGGAUCUGCAGUCCCAGGAGCCAAAGUCCCAUGAUCCACAGUCCCGGCUCUGCGUGCAGGACGCCCAGGGUGCAACGCCACCGCAGUAGAAGCAACACCCUGUGUUCCCCUUUACAGUGCACCAGCCCUAUACCUUACGCCUCCUGGAGUAAACUGAGGCUCUGUGACUCUCCCAGCACACCCAAGAGCCUGCUAUCGAAGUCGUCCCAGCCUUGCUCCAGCACCAAGAUAAGCCGCCCUCAGCGGACCCUGCGUUUCGCCUCAGCUGCUGCUAACCUCAUCCAGGCACCUUCCGUCAAUGUGAAUCCUUUCACCCCUGACACUGUCCGCAGGAACAGCGAGCAGCAGUGGAAGAACCGUUGUAGGAGUGACAAUGAUGGUGAUUAUGGACGCAGGUUGAAACACAGCCUAAUCUCAUCUGAGGAGGAUGAUGAAGCCUUUCUCCCACCAAAGGCCCUCCGUCUGUUUAUCUGGCAGAGGCGAGCUGUCCAAGCCUUCAUGCUGUCGCGCUAUGAGAGUGAGUUCCUGGAGCUGGAGUGCAUUGGUGUGGGAGAGUUUGGAACAGUGUACAAGUGUGUGAAGAGGCUGGAUGGCUGCUUGUACGCCAUAAAGCGCUCUCGCCAACCCCUGGCAGGUUCUGCCGAUGAGCAGCUGGCCCUAAAGGAAGUGUAUGCGCAUGCUGUUCUUGGGCACCACCCACAUGUUGUUCGCUAUUAUUCGGCAUGGGCCGAAGACGAUCACAUGAUUAUUCAGAAUGAAUACUGUGAUGGUGGAAGCCUCAGUGAUGUCAUUGUGAUGAAGGAGGUGCAGGGUGAGCUAUUUUCAGAGGCCGAGUUGAGGGAUCUGCUCUUACAAGUGUCUAUGGGGCUAAAAUACAUCCACAGCUCAGGCCUCGUACACCUGGACAUCAAGCCAAGUAAUAUAUUCAUUUGCCAGCAUCCCAGCACAAUUGCAGCGGGUGAAGGGGAGAGUGAGGAGGAAGAUGACAGAAGCGCUUCAGCAGGAGUCAUUUACAAAAUUGGGGAUCUGGGUCAUGUGACAUCGAGCAGCAGUCCUCAGGUUGAGGAAGGGGACAGCCGCUUUCUGGCCAGAGAGGUCCUGCAUGAGGAGUACAGCCACCUGCCAAAGGCAGACAUCUUUGCUCUGGGCCUGACAAUUCUGCUGGCGGCCGGUGCUCCUCCUCUGCCUCAAAAUGGAAAUGAGUGGCACAGCCUUAGAGAGGGGAAGCUCCCCAAACUGCCGAAGGAGCUAUCUCCUCCCUUCAGAGGCCUACUUCAGUUGUUGCUGGAUCCAGACCUGACGAAGCGUCCAUCUGCCAGGGAGCUUUGCAAGCACGCGGUCUUGCGGGAGGAUAGGACUGGGAGGGUGGCUGCUCAGCUUCGCAGAGAGCUCAAUGUAGAGAAGUUCAGGACAGCCAUGCUUGAAAAAGAGCUCCAGGAGGCUCGUCAGGCAGCUUUGUCACCCAGUCAGCACCUCUGUCCCCGGAUGAAACCUGCUAAGAUGGGGUCCCUACCCAGAGCUGGAAAGAGGCUUGUCGGUGGGAGGACUGUGCGAUCCAUGAGCUUUGGCUGCUCGGGGUAUGGAGUCUGAUGGGACGUCAUAACGCCCACACGCCUGUCCUUUGCUCAGAUGAUAUGAGAGUCCUUCUGCAACCAGGCUGCGGUAAAGAAUGUCUCAAGGAGAGGACCGAAUAUACAGCAAAGAUUUCGAGGGAACUGAUAACUGGAUUGAAUCUUCCUAUAAAUCUUCAGAGUGAUGUAGAGCUGUGGUUUGUGUGUUUUUAAAGGGCUUAUCUGACUCACUCAAACAAGUGAUUUUCUGGCAGAGGCGAGGUGUAACUGCUGCAGACGAAUUUUCUUUUUUUUUUAACUGUAAAUAAAAAGUUUUAAGCAUUUUA